GUAGUGUUCAAAGAAAACAAAGGAUAGUGUUCAAGAAGCGAAGAUAUUAUUGCGGCUGCCACAGAACUUAACGGGCUUGAACUUUUUGUUGUCAUGGGACAGAAGAAUGAUGCGGUGGCAACAGGUGUGCCGAAAUCCCGCAGCUCCGAGUCCAUCCCACCAGAUCCACCGACAGCGAGCGCCCUUCUCGGUUCUGUGAUGCGCAUGAACGUCUUCACGAGACGGCGGAUAGGGUGGAAGCGUAUACUUCUGCCCAUGGUCAUCUUUGCGGUGAUAACGGUGCUAAAAGUCUUACCAGACAAACCAAGGGACACUUUGUCCUUGCACAAAACGUCCAGGACACACGAACCACUAGCAUUCAUCAACAGAAACACCCCAAUUCUCAAGCGAAGGAUUCAACCUUUUUGCGAGGGAUUAUUCAAACAGGAUGAAAAGGUGAUCGAUGACGCCUACGAAUAUAUGCGGUCGUAUGAGCGACAAAGUAUAACGGAUGAUGGCUACAUUUCCAAGACUAGGGACUGCCCUAGCUUUAUCCAGGAGCGAGGAUACAUCAUGAAGCCCCUCUCGCAAGAGGAGAAUGACUUUCCUAUUGCAUACAGCAUGCUUAUGUACAAAGACGUUGAGCAAGCGGAGCGAUUGUUGCGCGCAGUUUACAUGCCGCAAAACGUCUACUGUCUCCACGUAGACCUCGACUCUCCCAAGUCAGUUCGGGAAGCCAUGCACGGGAUCGCAGGCUGUUUACCCAAUGUUUUCAUUGCUUCCAAGCUGAUUAAAGUCAACUGGGGGACUGUGUCAGUAUUAGAGGCAGAUUUGAACUGCAUGGAGGACUUAUUGAAGUUCAAAAGGUGGAAGUACUUUAUUAAUCUGACAGGGCAAGAGAUGCCUCUGCUGAGUAAUCGACAGAUUGUUCGUGUGCUGAAGGCCUUGAAUGGUUCCAAUGAUGUGGAUGCAAGCGUAAAGAGGCGCAACGUGAGGCGCACGAAAUAUGAACACAUGGCAUGGUUCGGUCUCCCCUCGAUAACGAUGAUGACAUUCCGACUAAAGCCGCCGCCCCCGCGUGAUAUCGUCCUUGCCAAGGGGUCCGUCCACAUCGUAGCCAAGAGAGGCUACGUCCAGUACGUCAUUCAUGACCCGCUCUCUAAGGAGUUCAGAGAAUGGCUGAGGGACACGUGGAUUCCUGAUGAAACAUUCUUCUCUUCUCUGAACCAUAACCCAAAGCUUAAUGUCCCUGGGUCAUACUUAGGUGAGCCAGAGACAGACCCCAUCAAAAAGCCUUAUAUAGCGAGAUUGAAAAACUGGGGCCAAUGGCCCUUCGAUUACGGACCUUGCCUUGGGAAGUGGGUCCAUGGAAUAUGCAUUCCCGGUAUAAGAGACAUAGCAAAAUUCAAAGACGCUCAUGAGCUGAUUGUGAACAAAUUCCACCAGGAUUUUGACUUUUUGACUUUAGAUUGUAUAGAGGAGUUACAAUUUAACCGGACAAUCUCUUCUGCUCAACCGAACUUCCAAUUUAAUGACAGCUAUUACAGACAGUUAACAUACGUUCGAAAUCAUCUAUGACCCCAGAAUCGGUUUAAUAUCAUUUACAUAAUCAACCAGAAGAGGGGGACAAGAACCUUUUGAAUACAACUCUCUCCUGGCAGCUUCCAGUGAAUAAGCACCCUAAGAGACAUUUAUCAUUUAACACUAUCAUGUUGGCGGUCAUUGACUUCACUUAAAGUUUUGUCCCGCCAAUUCUCAAAUACUCCCAACUUCGUCUAAAUUAAUAAACAGUGCAUGUGUUAUAAAAGUAAUUGUGGAUACGCCAUAUGUGUCGUGGGUCACCUCGUUGGUGAGGUCAUUUCUCUAUCUUGGGCAAUAAUAUAGAGCAUCACUCGAUUUACAUUUAUCGAUGUUCUAUGAUAACUCGUGGUGAAAACGUAUCAUUUUUCCUGAAACCUUCAGAGCUUUUAAAGGAAUUGAUACCAAACUGGAGGUAUUGGUUGUCUCACCGAACACCCCAAGGCCAAAUAUUGCCCAAACAUAGUGGUCGCACUGACAGCUCCUCCCGAUACCGUCGACAGUGAGGAAUAAGUUUCUCUUCUGAAACACCUCAAGCAUAACAUCAUGUCAAGCAUAAUCCGCUGAGACGAUGCGUUCGAACCAUUUUAUGCCAAUAAUCCAAGAGAGAAGGUCGUCCGUCUCACUGAUGUCAUGUCAUACGUUGGCCUUUCGCUUCGAAACGUCCGCUCUUAGAUCGGGGGAAAUAUGUAUUGCACGUGUUUAUGGGCAUUCUCAUAUUUAUACAGUAUGUACCCGAUUAUAUUGUAGCUUAGCACCAUGCAGUCUGCUGGUGACGGUGACUUUACAUUUUGUGUCGUCGGUCUCUUUAGGACUGAUUAGAGAGUUCUAAAAUAACGCUCAAAAUACAUGUAAGGAGAAAAUUCCUCCAGUCUCGCUCUUGGCGGGCUCGAUGCAAGGAGCCAUUAUGACAUAGCUCAGUAAUUAUUACAUAUCAUUCGAAAGCUCCUUUUAUACAAUGAUUGGAAGGUGUUUGUCAUAUAAUGGUUUGGUAACUCUUUCUUACGUAAUGAAGUGGUAUAGAUAUUUGUAAUUCAAUGAUUUGGUAGCUCUUUGUUACGUAAUGAUUUGCAAGUCCUUUGUUAUGUAAUGGUUUGGUAGAUCUUUUAUCAAAAAAGCUUUUCAAUCGUUCAGUGAUUUUAGUGUUUGUACAGUAAGUUGUAAACUUCGCCCUGUAUGAUUUGAAAACUCCUCGUUUUGAAACCUUUUCGUUUAUUAAUGAUUUGAAACUUCGUUCAGUAAUGAAGUGAUAGUCUUCGAUCAGUGUAAAUGAAACCUCAUCGUUAUUAUGACUUUAAUAUAAACACUUGUAUCAGUAAUGUUUUGACGGCCGACCGGCUGAUAAUGACAUGAUAGUUCUCGUUCUGUACCGGUACCGCUUUAAAAGCUUUUCGUAGGCUGUCGUUAUUUGAUAACCCCUCGUUGUCUAAUGAUUCGAUCAUGUGUCUUUUUUAUGUAAUGAAGUUGAUUUGGCUAAGGCCCAAUUUCUGGGCCACAACGCCUAAAUGAUAAUGAUGAUGAUCGCUCUCUCUUCAUGGAAUAAUUUAAUAGUUCUUCGUAUGUAAUGAUCAGUGAGAAAACUCGCUGUGCCAUGAUCCUUCAAUUGCUAGUUUUUGCUGUCGCAAUGAUGUGUCGUAUUUGAUUAAAAUUCAU